CGUAAAACACAAGGUCACGUGGAAAUAAAUUUUCCACGUGACCUUGUUACCCGGAUGAUAUUGUCAAUUUGAAGGUGAAAGUGUCCAGCUGGUGUGGACUCGAUACAGCUAGAAGAUGUCCUCCCUGUGUGCUGCUAGCGUUGAGACUCCAGCUGUAACUGGAGCUGCAGAGCAGCCGAAACGUCUGAAAGCGUGCUGCGCUUGUCCAGAGACUAAGAAAGUCAGGGAUGCCUGCAUCAUUGAAAAGGGAGAGGAGAACUGCAGAGACCUCAUCGAGGCACAUAAAGAGUGCAUGAGGGCUCUUGGAUUCAAGAUUUAACCACUGGUUGUGUGUGUGUGAGAUGCUGAGUGCGGCGACCCUGGAGCUGCUUUCUUCAUCCUUUUAUUUAUGACUCUGCUGGGGGGGGGGGGGGGGGGAUCAUGAAGUACUUGAACUGGAGGAUUUCUGAGUGAAUUUCUUUUUCUAAUUAUUUUAUUUAAACUUUGUAAAACCUGAUGUGUGAAUUUCAUAAAGUCUGUAUGAAAAUGAAUAAAAGUUCUAUGCAAGGCU